AUGGCCAAACUGGUAUCUGUGGUGAGCGGUGAGAUAUUCGACGUUGGCGUUGACAUUCGACCAAGCUCGAAGACAUUCGGCAAAUUGCACGGUGUUGUGUUGAAUGGAAAAAUGAAAAUGAAUUUUUGGAUUCCAGACGGCUUUUUGCAUGGAUUUUAUACACUCUCGCCAGAAGGUGCGCAUGUAACCUAUAAAUAUACGGGAUCCGACCAGUGA